AUGGACACACACGGACCAGUGAGGAAGAGGAGGAACUAUGGACACACACGGACCAGUGAGGAAGAGGAGGAACUAUGGGCACACACGGACCAUCUGUACCCUGGUCUGUCCCUCGGUCUGUCCCCUGGUCUGUCCCUCAGUCUGUCUUUCAGUCUGUCCCUCAGUCUGUCCCUCAGUCUGUCCCUCAGUCUGUCCCCUGGUCUGUCCCUCGGUCUGUCCCCUGGUCUGUCCCCUGGUCUGUCCCUCAGUCUGUCCCUCGGCCUGUCCCCUGGUCUGUCCCUCAGUCUGUCCCCUGGUCUGUCCCUCGGUCUGUCCCCCGGUCUGUCCCCUGGUCUGUCCCUCAGUCUGUCCCUCGGCCUGUCCCCUGGUCUGUCCCUCAGUCUGUCCCCUGGUCUGUCCCUCGGUCUGUCCCCCGGUCUGUCCCCUGGUCUGUCCCCUGGUCUGUCCCUCAGUCUGUCCCUCGGUCUGUCCCCUGGUCUGUCCCUCAGUCUGUCCCCUGGUCUGUCCCUCGGUCUGUCCCCCGGUCUGUCCCCUGGUCUGUCCCCUGGUCUGUCCCUCAGUCUGUCCCUCGGUCUGUCCCCUGGUCUGUCCCUCAGUCUGUCCCCUGGUCUGUCCCCUGGUCUGUCCCUCAGUCUGUCCCUCGGUCUGUCCCCUGGUCUGUCCCUCAGUCUGUCCCCUGGUCUGUCCCCUGGUCUGUCCCCUGGUCUGUCCCUCAGUCUGUCCCCUGGUCUGUCCCUCAGUCUGUCCCUCAGUCUGUCCCCUGGUCUGUCCCCUGGUCUGUUCCUCGGUCUGUCCCCUGAAGGCCCUUGCAGGCCCUCCAGCCUCGGCCUUCGUGGUCUGAGUGCUCUGUCCUCUCUGUGGUUCCGCGCUGUUCAGACCUUGCAGCUGUUCCAUGGCCUCUCUGCUCAGUGUGAUGACUUGCAGCUGUUCCGGCAGCUCUAA